AUGGCAUCCCCUACCCUGCAGACUCCUAGUUUUGCUCUCAAUCACGUUGCGAUAUCCGUGCCGAAUAUCGACGCCGCUAUCGAGUGGUACAAGACUACCUUUGGCAUGACAGUGUUAAUGCCGACAAUAACACUGGAUCGAUCAACCUAUCCUACUGCCGAUGUCUUCAAGGUCUAUCCAACUGACUGCAAUAAGUUGCGCACGGCAUUCCUCGGCGCUGGUUCCGCUGGAGCUGCUGGCCUGGAGCUCUUCGAGUUCGAGGAUCCAAAGAUAGAGUCAGGCUGCACAGCCAACUUUGCACGCGACUAUAAGAGAGGUGGAUAUUUUCAUAUAGCAAUCACGACUGCGGAUGUAGAUGAAAUGGCUGAGAGGGUGGAACAGAAUGGUGGAAAAAGAAUUGGCCCAAACAUGCCACUCUCACUCAAGCAUAAGGCGUGCUAUGUUGAGGACAAGUGGGGAAAUGUCAUCGAGCUCAUCAGCGGCAGUUUCGAGGAUAUCAUAGCAGAUAGGUAG